AUGGCCUGGCCAAGGUCUUUCGUUCUUUUGAUCGCCGUCACUGGUGUUCAGGCAGGUCCUUGCAAGCCUCGCUCUACCUAUCCAGUACCUCAGUCACUCUCUUCCAAAACCACCACUGUCGCUUCUUCACUGCCUUGUUAUGGACCCAACUGUAUUCCUUGCUAUGGUCCAGACUGUAGCUCUACCACAUUCCUUUCUGCAAACACCAAAGCUACUUCUGUUCCUUGCUACGGACCGGAUUGCAGCACCACUCUCGUUUCUUCAGCUACUAUACCAUGCUAUGGUCCGAACUGCAUAGAGUGCUAUGGCCCUGGAUGUAGUUCUACGGCUCGUGUUUCUGCCAACACUAUGACUAUCUCUGUACCGUGCAAUGGCAUCAACUGUAUUCCAUGCCGCGGUCUAGGCUGUCCUUCUACUACUUUACUUUCUGCAAGCACUAGAACCACGUCUAUGCCAUGUUACGGACCAGACUGCAGCUCUACCACACUCGUUUCUGUCAACACAAAGACUACAUCAGUACCAUGCAAUGGUCCCAACUGUAUUCCAUGCUAUGGCCCUGACUGUUCGUCUACCACACUCGCUACAGGUACCAAGACUACCUCUAUUGCCUGCAACGGACCAGACUGCAGCACCGGAACUGGUUCUACCACCCUCACUUUAACAAACACAAAGACUGCUACCCUGCCAUGUUAUGGACCAGACUGUAGCUCUACCACUCUCGUUUCCGCAAACACCAUAACUACCUCUACAUCUUGCAACAGCCCCAGCUGCAUACCAUGCUACGGCCCAGACUGUAACACUGGCUCUACGUCUACUACAAUCGCUACAGGCACCAAGGUCACUUAUAUUACUUGUUACGGACCAGAGUGCAAUACUGGCUCUACCGCUCUCACUUCUACAAACAGCAAGACCACUUCUGUACCUUGCAACGGUCCCAACUGCAUACCCUGCUAUGGACCGGACUGCAGCACCACUCUUUCACAAACCACCACUGUCUCUACCGGAACAGAAAAGACCUCAAAUACAGCUUCUUCAGGCACCACGACCGUACCCUCUGGCUCUACUACAUCUUCUAUGUCUACCUCUGGUUCACAAACAGCUGUGACAAACAGCCAAUCUACAACCAACACAGAUAACAAGGGCAGCUCUACCACAACAGGCACCGUUUCAAUACAAACCGGUUCUUCCAGCACAACCCAACAGACCUCUACUGGCGCCACAUCUGAUACCACAGAGACUACCACGAUCUCUACAAAUACUGGAACCACACUUACUGCAAAGACUGAUACCACUGGAUCAGCUUCCACCACCACUCAAAGCAGCUCAACUACAUUGAGCACUACAGCUUCUUCAAGCACCACAGGAUAUCCCGACACCUUCACAUCUACAAACACCCAGAGCCAGACUACUGGCACCGGCACUGGUACUUCUCAGACCUCGGGUCUAAGCACUACAGUUACCUCAGCUACAAGUGAGGGAAGCUCUACUACUCAGAAGAGUACUACCGGCAGUGAGACUUCAAAGACCACAGAGUCUUCGCAGAUCACAUCCAUUCCUUAUGGUUCUAGUUCUUCGACUACAACUGGUGGUUCUUCAGGUUCUACCACUGGAACUGUGACGACUAAGACUGACUCCUCCACUGCCGGUCCUUCAACAACUGGUUCCUCUACAACAGGCGUCUCGACAACUGACACCUCUAUGACUGGUACUACCAACAGUGGCUCGUCCGCAACUGGUUACUCCACGACUGGAACUUCGACUGGUGGAUCUUCUACAACUGGCUCAACUGAUACUUCCAUGACUGGCUCUUCGACGACCGGCUCUUCUAUCACCGGUACUUCCACGACUGGUUCAUUAACUACUGGUACUGCCACCACUGGUACGUCAGCCACUGGUUCAACAGAUACUUCUAUGACCGGUUCCUCUACAACUGGAGCCUCAACAUCUACCGGCGGAUCUACGACCCAAACUGGAAGCUCUACUAUUCAAACCAGCGGAACUACUUCUGGUGGCAGCUCAGCAACUGGCAUUUCUUCAAGCCAGACCAGCGGUUCUACCACGCAAACAACUGGAACAACAUCAGGAGCCAGUUCAUCCACAACAAACCCAUACUCAGUCCCCACCACUGUAUCAAGCACAACAAAAGCUUCCAGUGCUUCAACCGGAUCAACAACCACAGCUAUCUCCUCCACUACCAACUCUGCUCCUUCAAGCACCACUACCAAGCCAUCAUCCACCACUUUUCAACCUUCAAGCACAAAGAUUACCUCAACAACAGGAAUCACAUCCGCCCCUUCAUCAAUGACCACCAUAAGCACCAAGACCACCUCCGCAUCCUCAUGCACAACACAAAACUAUCCUCCACCAAAGCCAACUUGCUACCGCUACACUCUCAUCGACAAGCCCCCCAAGCCUGAAAAGUGUAACAACCCAGGUAUCCGCGGCGGCAACCAGGCCAAGAUUCUCGGCCAAGGUGACGCUGACAGCCUGGAAACAUGCGCAGAGAGCUGCGGUAAGAAGCCGGGGUGUAAGGCUAUUGUCUACGGAAACAAGGAGUACGACAUGAACAAGCCUUAUUGUGAUUUGAUCGACGGACCACAGGGUCGUGGUAGUUACGAUGAUAACGAUUGGAGCUGGUAUGAAAUGUCUUGCUUUAACCCGGAUUGCAUAACGCCUGGAUAUGAUUGCGGAUACUAG